UGAAAAUGUCGUCAAGGAAAACAUAAAGCGCCAGUUACGAAAAUGGCUCUGACUACUGUUCUUAAGGAUAUCUUGCCAUUGUUGGACAUGUCAGUUUAUUGUAACUACAAGUCAGCUUUAGAAAAAACGAUUACCUGUGUAUCGCAGUACUGCAAAAGUGGAGCUUGUUCUGAACAUCUGAGAAUAUUUUUCUUAAAUGAGCGUAUCAACCAAUUAUUUGUCCUUGUUAUGAAAGACUGUGGCGUUACAAACGAUUUAUCCUACCCAAAGCUACCCGUACUCCUAACUCCUCCACCAUCACCUGGCAUUAGCUCGUUGUUAUGUUCUCAAUGUGGACAGUUUUUAGCACUCAUAUCUGAAACCUGUGUGUUCGUUGUGGAUGCACAGUUCGGCGCAAAAGAAUUUGUCAGGACCAAAUUGUUCGUCCAAUAUACUGUGCUAUUGAUCUUAGAGACCUUUCCUCCAAAUCAAAAUCAAAUGACAUUAUAGUAAAGGUGCGGUGGCAUCCAAAAUCUAACAGAACAUUGGUUAUUGUAACCGAAAAUUCCUUUAUAUAUUACAUUCAUUGUGUAAAGUCCUCAGAAAAUCAAAGCAUUCGAUUCAAUUUAUGGCUUGAAGCAGAUCUUUCAGUAUUUACUCAUAGCGCUCUUGAUGCUACCUACCAGGAUAUGAAUGAUUCGGAUGAGAGUUCUUGCAAUGAAAACGAUGAUAACAGUUCAUCAGUGUCCAAUACGAAAAUGAAUCUCAGUUUUGCUUUAGGCAGCAAGUGUGUCGACUUUGAUUUCGGUUCCGCACUAUUUAUAUCAAAACGCGGUUUAUCGGAAGCUCAGUUACAAGAUUGCUGUUUGUUCCUUCUUUACGAAACAGGUGAUGUUAUUCAAGUAUGUGGAUGCUUGUCCGUUCGUAAAAUGAAUCAGCUAAAAUGUAAUAUUUUGCACAUUUUCCCACCAUCAAUUGAUAAUUAUGGAGAUGAAUUUUGUGCUAUUCAUUGUAUUCGUCCUAUUGACAGUUCAGAAAUGUUUUCAUUUGAAAAACCUCCUGAUAUAUUAGUGUUAGCUGAUAAAAUUGGUCGUUUGCAUAAUGGUAUUGUUCUGCGAGCCAAUAUACCUGGACAGAAUAAAAACAAAAAUCAAACUACAACCCCUCCAGUUUUACUCUGUCUCGUUGAUAUUGUGGAUCUUGAUCUAAUGUCUAGUAAUAGAACAACUGUGCAACAGUGUCAUCCAAACGGUAGUAUACUUCAUUCUUCAAAUUAUUCUUAUUACAAUCAUUUUGAAUCUCCAUCGUUGUCAUUAGAACCAGCUAAUCUAAAUUUUUUGGACAAUAUUGAAUAUAAUAGUUAUUCAAUAGAUGGUUCAGAUUUUGUUAAAAAUAGAAUUUUUGGCUUGAAAUAUUCACAUCAAGGAUAUUAUGUAAUUCAUCAUAUGGGCAUUCAUCUUGUUAGUCUGUCAUGGAUUGAAAAUCUUUCACUAUGGUGUAGUGAAUUUAACAGUCAAUUGUUAAAUGAUUCUAAUAAAUCUCUUAUUGAAGAGAUUCGGGAUUGGCAGUCAUGUGUGAAACACCUUGUCUGUGGCCAAAUUACCAUCUCUACCCCUGAUGGGAUGAAUGAAGAUAUGGAGGGAAAGUUUAGACUAGCUGGCUUCAUUGAACUAUCAUGUAAUUUCCUGUCAAAAAGUCAACCGAAAUCUAAAACUACAACCACAUUAGCUGAUUGUCGAUCAACUAAAGGUGUCACACUUUUGUUUAUUCGUGCACCUAUCCAACCAAUUGAUUCAACUGCCGGUAUAACUGAUUAUUCAUGUUUGGUACAUUUCAUCAGUCUAACACGGAAACCUGAAAGUUAUGCUAUGAAACAACGUUAUACUGGGUUAGAUUCAAGAACUACUGAUCAUUAUGAUUCCUGUGAUUCAACUCUCCGUUCACAUUUCACAUCUCAAAUAAAACAAGUGUUAUCGGGAGACAAUUCACAUUUUCCGAUGAUAACCGGUUUAAAUUUACAACCCGAUCUUACCCAGCAACAGUUGGUUCAAUUUUUUAUUAAGGUCUCUGAUAUACUGCGCAAAGGACCUCUAGAUCGUCUAAUGAAAGCUCGCUCAAUGAUUGAACAUCAUUCUAGACAGUUACAAGAUAUAAUUUCAGCUCAACAUUCCGAAGCAAUGAAGCUAACAUCUGAACGUCAAACUUUACAAUCUAAAGCUGAGGACUUAGCAAAACGUCACUCUGUAAUCGCCGAGCGUCAAAGUAUGUUAGAUAAACGUAUGGCUAACUUAGCAACUCGUUUAGCCGCUUUAGGCGAAGGUCCUACUAAAGCUGAAAUCGCAAUGCGUAGUGAAGUUAUCGUAAUUCGUGAUCGUCUACACAAAGGCCUUAGGCAAUGGUUAUCGAAUCUCAAGAACCGUCGUGACAAAUUGGAAAAACAAAUACUGUUGCGCAAAAAAACAGAUAAAUCAUCUAUUCGUAACUCUCUUUCCGGUAGCCUUCUUAGAACCACCGAAAAUAUCGAAGGAAAUCAGUGGCAAACAGUAUCAGAAGAACUUCGCCGGGAAACUUUAGAAAUCAAAAUGUUAAUUAACGCAGUUAAAACGCUUAACACAAAGACUAUAAAUCCCACCUAGUGUCUUAUUUUAUUUUCCCGUAUAUAAAUAAUUCCAGAUAGAAAUAAUACUGAACUCGUUCAUUUGGAUUAUUUUGUACACCUGUAAGUUAAUUUUAUAGGUAAAUUAUCCUAUGAGUUAUAAAUACUCGACCUUGUGACACUACUUUUAUUUUUGAGUACUAAACUUUGUCGAGUAAAAAAGAUUGUUCAGUGUGUUUCACUCAUAUAAUACGUGUGUAUCAACUUUAACACAUAAAAUUUUGGUUUACUGGGCUGUAAAUUCCGAUGUGUAAUGAGCUUUUAAGAAAAAUAGUCCAUACCUGAAUGAAAACCUUUAUGCCAAAAACGGCGAUAUCCUAAGCUGUUCUGGCAGAUCACAUGACACCAAGAUUUCAUUAUAGGUCAAGUGCUAACAAGGGAAAAGUACGUUGAAUGAUUUAAAUGCUUACUAAUCGAAGGUUCUGACUAACUUCAAAUGCUGAAAUCAGUCUAUCUACCUAUAAGCGCGUAUAACCUGUGAUAGUAUUCAGUGCAGUACUAUUAUUCGUCUGAGAGAUCAUAGUUGUUGGGAUAUCUCAUAUUUCCAAGUUUCAAACUUGGAAACCAUAAGCGGUAAAUCGGGUCGGACUUGUUUAUCUCCAACCUCUAAAAUUUUUGCAUGGGUUUGAUGUGUUUAUCAGUUGGAGCUAUCAGUUUGUUCUCAGUGUUCUUUGCUUACUCAAUUAUUAGAGUUGGUAAAAAUGUGGUGUAUGCUACUUACUGUGAAAGAUAUAAUUAGUAUGUAACAACAAUUGGAAGUGGAAUGCUUGGCAGCAGAAGAUUGAAAUGAAGACAACAGGGAGGAAAUUGGAGAGUAAUCGAAGUAACAACAGAAUUAGAGGAAUAGUGGAGCAUGUGGAGAACAACCCAAAGAAACAGUGCGAAUGGUGUAUUUAAUGUAUGGUUUUCAUAUUUUACCGAAUCACUGUAAUUCUGUAUUAAUCAAUAAACUGGUUUUCCCCACCUGAGUUUACGUUCGCUACACUAGUAUCUUGAGUAACUAGAGCGAAAAUGGAGAACGAAACUAAAAAUCUUAGAGUUAUUGACAAUCUAACUGGUCAGCCAUUUAAAUCGUUACAGAAUCUGUUUAACACCAAGUCACUCGGAAGUGACUGGUAGUAGUGUUAUUAGGUUCUCUUGACCUUGCUGUAAAUGUCAAACAUAAUUCACCUCACAGAAACUCAGCUGCAGGAGCCAUGAGUGUGAACAAAUAAUCAUCUCCUUUCUUUUAAUCUUUGAGUUAUCUUGUUAGAAGGGAUUUUUGUACAAGUAGUAUUCAGUUUCACGUUUCUUAGUCAUAUUUAUGGAUUUUUUUCGUGAUUAGUUCAUUUUAACUCAAAAGAGUGAAAGGACAGUAAUAGAUCUAAACCUAAGGAGUACAGGUCCCUUUCGUGUGUUCAACUACUCAAACUUACUGUAUGAUGAUGUGGAUUCUAGACUGCUUGUAUGAGAGGGGCAAAAGCCAUAAGAAUUUCCGGCGCGACUAAAAUUUAUGGACGAAUCAAUCAGAUAUAAGAUAACAGGUCUUGAAAUUUGGUGCGGAAUUCAUCCAACCAUUUGGCUUAAUAGCGUCUUGGCAUUUUAGGGGCGAGACUAUAAUUUAUGGACGACCUUUGA